GAUUUCAUCAAUAAACCAUAAUAUGGAUGUCUUAUCAAGGUUGGAUAAUAAGAUACACAUUGUGCAAGAUUAAUAUUAGUAAGUCACCAAUAAUUAAUGAAGAAAUUGAAAUUACACAAUUGUGUGAUAAAACCGUGUUGAGUUUUGUCAGUGGGUUUAACAUUAAUGCAAAGUAUUCAUUAAUUUUUUUAUUCAUUAUUCUUCAAUGAUGAAACAUAACAUUUACGAAUCCUACAAAUAUUAACUUAUACAUACAUACUUUUGGUUAACAGAAAUUCCAGACUGGCUACAAAAGAUACAACAUAUGAUUUAAACGUACAGUAGAUAAUCGUAGAUAGUAUAAUUGUUGGACUUUACUUCGUUGGCUGAAGCCUUAAUGAAUUUGAAUAUAUUCAAAUUUAGAAAAACUUAUCUUUAAAUAGAUGAUAAGCAAUGUUAUACGAACGCGACGAAUGUCCAGCACGUUACGAGCCUUUGCUAUAUGGAAUGAAUUGAAAAUAUUAUUCCAUUUUUGGAUAGAAUGUGGAUAGUAUGUUUAUUACUAUCUUAUUGUCUAAAUCUAAUCUAGAUUUCUUCUUAUGAGGAACUUUGAAUAUAUUGUAAUUGAAGAAUAUAUUAAUUGUACCAACGAAACGUAUGUAAAAAAUCAUUGCACAUAUUUGUGAUUUUUCAAUAUAUGAAAUGUUAAUUAUUAUCGAUAUGUCGACAUGAUUGGUAUAUGUGUGUCAAAUGUCAAAUGCGAUGUCAAAUUGAACGUAAUGGCAUUCAUAAAAUUCCUUAUUUACGACAUUAUUUAUACUAAUAUGCUACAUGUAUAGUAACAAUCACUCGUGCUUUACUUAUCACAAAAGAGAAGAACACUACGCUUGUCUAGUAUCACAUUUAUUCAAACAUUUCAGUGACAACUCUAUGCAUUACAAAUAAUCAUCACAAGGAUUCAAGUGCAAUUUCACGAUACUGAAAGAAAGAUUUAUGUUUAUAAAGUACAUUAAUUAUUAAAUAAUACUUGUAAAAUAACAGACUGCAACCAUAUGUAUGCUUUAUGCUUUACCUUUAUCCUCAAUUUCUGGCUAUAUUUGUUUGCCAAUUGCUAAUUUUAUCAUCUUAUCCAUUUUCCAAGUCAUUGUCCAAGUUCGCAUUUUUAUCUUGUAAUGUCAUAAAUAAAACAUAGUUCGACGAUAACAAACGAUAGAACGCAAUGAUAUAAGAAUGCGAGCAAUGUCAGGCAGUUAUUAUUAUUCUACCAUGAAUCAGCCCGUCGUGACUGUGAAACAAGGAAAGUUGCAAGGAGUUCUGCAAGAAAAUGUGCUUGGUGUUUCCCAUUAUCUUGCGUUUAAAGGUAUACCUUUUGCUGCUCCACCAGUUGGGAAAUUAAGAUUUCAGGACCCUAAACCUCCUGCUUCGUGGGAUGGUAUCCGCAAUGCAUCCGAAAACGGCAACGUUUCUUUACAACUCGACCUGUUAACUGAAACAGUGAUCGGUGACGAAGAUUGUCUUUAUCUUAAUGUUUAUGUACCAUGCAGUAUCCACGGAACAAUGCGCAAUCCCGUUAUGAUUUGGAUUCAUGGUGGAGCAUAUCUUAUUGGGACAGGCUCUGAUGUUAAUCAACGACCUGAUUAUCUUUUAACAAAAGAAGUCAUUGUAGUGUCAAUAAACUACAGACUCGGUGCUUUAGGUUUCUUAAAACUCGGUCAUGAAACAACAAGCGGAAACCAAGGCUUGAAAGAUCAGAUUGCUGCACUGAAAUGGGUGAGAGAAAAUAUUCAAGUAUUUGGCGGAGAUCCAGCAAAUAUUACUGUAUUUGCUAACAGUGCUGGUGCUGCGAGCACGCAUUUACUAAUGUUAUCACCGCUUUCUAAAGGUCUUUUUCACAAAGCUAUUUUUCAUAGCGGUAUAAGUACGGCCAGUUGGGCGAUAACAGAGACUCAGCAAGAAAUGAUCUCGUUUAAACUUGCUUCAUUACUUGGCAAUGAUUCCAAGAACCCCGAAGAAAUUAUAGAGUUUCUUCGAACGAUACCCGCUGACGAAAUCGUCAAAGCGCAAGGUCAAUGUCAAUUUCUUACUCCAAAGGACAAGUACGGCUUUAAUCUACAAUUUUCACCCGUGAUUGACAAUGACGUAAAAAAACCUUUGUUUCCAUGUCCUCUGCAUCAGUUACUCAAUGAUGAUAAUGAUAUACCAAUCAUAGUUGGUUAUACUACUCAUGAAUAUAUAUUAUUUCUUGACGAUCCUAGUGAAAAAACUUUGAAAAUAAUCUACGAAGACUUACCGCAUCAUGUGAGAAAAGUAAGAAAUUUACAAGACCCGGUAAAAAUACUGCAGCUGACGGAGCGCGCCAAGCAAUGGUAUUUUAAUGGAAAAUCAUGUACUAAAAACAGUGUCUCCUCAAUCAUACAAUGCAUGAGUGAUAUUUAUAUGAACAUACCUAUAAUAGAAUUCGUAAAUAGCCGAAGAAAAAGGAAAGAGGCAGUGACAUACUUUUAUAAGUUCUCUUACAUCGGUGGCCAAACAACUACUAAGCAUAUGCUGCUGGGAGACAAAGUGGCCAUGACUGGAGCGGCUCAUGAUGAUGAGUUAUCAUAUCUGUUUUACAUGCCUAAAUAUAAAGUUAAUGAUCCUAAACCACCGGCCAUAGGCACAAAAGAUCGAAAAGUAUUAGAAGCCCUUACAAGUAUGUGGACGAAUUUUGCGAAGACAGGAAAUCCAACACCUGUCCUUGAUCAGAACGUACCUACCACUUGGUUGCCAGCAACAGCAGAUGCCUUGAAUUACUUAGAAAUCAACGAUGCUUUACAAUGUGCAACGAUCACAGAUUAUACUAAUAUAUUUCAAGAAUCUGAUUAGCAAGCAUCAUAAAGUAUAGCUCACAUUAAUUCAUAAAUAAGUUCGAAUAUGUAAGCCUAUUACUACAAUUUGUCUUUCUUAAGAUUUCAGAUAUUAAUUCUAUCUUACAAUUUUUUAUUUAUAUCUAAGGAUUCAAUGGAAAAUAAAGUAAACUUUAUUGUAAAAUUAAUUGUGAUAAGUAUUUCACAACGGAAUUAAUCACUUUUAAAGAAAACAGAAUUAUGUUAUUCAUCAAUUCGACAAGUAUUUUAAACAUGGAAUGUUAAAAAGUUAAUAUAUAAAUAUUAUAUAAAUUAAGGUAAUAAUAAGUAUAAUGAUUAUGAUAAAGAGGAAGUAGUUUAUUUAUAGAAUUCUGAUAAACGUGAACGUUUUGAUACGUAAUAUAAAAUGUAUUGUUUUUAACUUGCAUUAUAUAAAAUUAAUAAAAUUGUAA